AUUUCUUGUACGGAACACAUUUCUGUAAAUUUUUAAAUAGACUUUUGUCCUUUUCUUACAUCUAUUCUUAAUGUUUCGUCGUUUAACAUAUUUUAUCAGUAUCGUUUAAAUUUUGGCGGGAAGAGACACAGGUAAUCCAAAAAUGAAUGCUCAUGACUUUUCCAGAAUACUACAAGGUAGAAUGUGUCAGAUACCUGCAUUGUUCUGCAAGUUCAGAUCAACUGCGUGCCUUAAGCAGAAAGUGCAACAGCAUGAACAGUCAACCGUUGAUGAACGAGAUGUUGCACACUUCAGCAAACUGUCCAGCGGUUGGUGGGAUGAGCAGGGAGAGAUGAAGGCUCUUCAUGCCUUAAACAAAUUGAGGGUGCCUCUUAUCCGAGAUGGGCUUCGUAAUGUGGGACAAAUUGAUUUAUCAAAAUGGCAAAGUCCUAAGCCUCUGCAUGGAAUGAAGAUCUUAGAAGUUGGUUGUGGUGGAGGUAUAUUGACUGAACCACUUGCAAGAAUUGGUGCUGAUAUAACUGGAAUUGAUGCAAGUCAGAAUGUGAUUGACAUAGCAUCUUCACAUGCACAGCAGGAUCCCAGUGUAUCAAACUCCAUUACGUAUACAUGUAGAACAGUAGAAGAACAUGCAAAGGAGCAUAAGGAUUUUUAUGAUGCAGUUGUAGCAACAGAAGUGCUGGAACAUGUCACUCACAAGGAUUUAUUUUUGGAAGCAUGUAUAUCAACAUUGAAGCCUGGUGGGUCGGUCUUCAUCACGACUUUGAACCGAACAGUUGUAUUAUGGGCCUUUGGCAUUAUGUUGGCUGAAUAUGUUCUGGGAAUUAUACCGCGGGGAACGCAUCAAUUGGAAAAAUGUAUUAAGCCGCAUGAGACACAGGCUUUACUUGAGAAAUAUGGCUGUACCACAAAAUUAAUCCAUGGGAUGCUGUAUAAUUUGCUGUCAAAUGAAUGGCAUUGGUCAUCAAACACCAGCAUGAACUAUGCUCUUCAUGCUGUGCGAAAGCAACAGUGAUUCCACCCUCCUAAUCACAUUUAAACUCUCAGCGUGAUAUGAAGAACGCUGCUCAUCAUGAAGUAGUCACCACCUGUUGUGGAGUGCCGAGCAGUGCUCAGAUACUGUUCUGUCUUAACUUUUUCUCCUCUCUACCAAAUAUAUGUGGAACUAUUACAUUUUGCCUGAAGGAGCCUUGUAGAUAAAGCUGCAGGCAUUAAUGGUUAAGGAAAAUAUUAACACUCUGAAAACUUGAGUCAGAAGGUGCUUCUGGGAUCAUAUUGGCUUUGGAAUGGCGGGAAAUAUUUUACCUUGCAAGGUGACUUCCACAAUCAUCACGUAAUAUAUAAAUGUAAGUUUUAUAUGUCUGAAAUAUGAUAAUAAAUUUGUCACAUGAAAACAA